AUUGAGAAAGUCGUACAAAGCCAGGCCAGGAGUGGAGAGAGGACAUCACAUUAGCACCAAAGGGCAAUAAAGUCAUUUCACAUGCUCCACGUCAGACUCCCAAGCACACACAACCCCCUUCGCUUUGGCAUUUCCGUCACGUCGCCAUACCAACCCAGCCGACGUACAGUUGGCGUCAGGGGUAUUCACGUCUUUAUACCAAUCACUCAAGGUCAUUCCAGUCUUUUCACAUCUCUCUCUCUCUUUCUCACUAUAACGUUUCCCAAAGCUCAAAGACCAAAGCUUUCACACUCUCUCUCUCUCUCUCUCUCUAUUUUUCUCAGCUUUUUCUUGUUUUCCAUCUUCGUCUUCGCUCAAAGAUCCCAGCUUUGGAGGGGUUAGGGCUUGGCGAGCAGCGAUUCUUGGCACCCAAAUGCGGCAAUGACGUCGCCGUUGGAGCUCGAGGAGGAGGCCAAGGAAGAGAUCAAGCAUAGAGGACGAGCACAGAGCCGGCGAGUGGCACCUGCAAGCACUGUCGAGAAGGCGUUGCUCAACGGGGACGUAUAUCGUGGAAGGUUUGCCGGAAACGUGCCGCACGGGGAGGGGAAGUAUCUGUGGACGGACGGGUGCAUGUACGAAGGGGAGUGGCGGAGAGGGAAGGCGGCCGGGAAAGGGAAGUUCUCGUGGCCUUCGGGAGCGACGUUUGAAGGGGAGUUCAAAUCGGGGAGGAUGGAAGGGAUCGGGACUUUCACGGGUCCUGAUGGGGGUACCUACCGUGGAUCCUGGGUUGCCGAUCGGAAGCAUGGGUUUGGCCGGAAGAGCUACCCCAAUGGUGACUUCUAUGAGGGUUCAUGGCGGCGUAAUGUCCAGCAAGGGCAAGGGAGGUAUGUGUGGCGCAAUGGGAAUGAGUAUGUUGGGGAGUGGAAGAAUGGGGUCAUCUCUGGCCGUGGGGUUCUCAUCUGGGCGAAUGGGAAUCGCUACGAUGGGCAUUGGGAGAACGGCGUGCCCAAGGGGAGCGGUGUCUUUACCUGGCCGGAUGGGAGCUGCUAUGUUGGGAUGUGGGGGAAGGAUCCUAGAAGCUUGAAUGGGACCUUCUACCCUGCCGCCACGCCGGCCGUGGUCGAGAGAAGGAGUAGUGGUGCUGCGGAUAAGGGUUUCCCUCGCAUAUGCAUCUGGGACUCGGAUGGUGAGGCUGGUGAUAUCACUUGUGAUAUCAUUGAUGCCCUUGAAGCUUCGAUGUUGUAUAGAGAUGGGAGCACGUUUGGCCGGAGAUCCGCUGGGGAUCGGAGGAGCCCGUGCUGCUUCACGAACGGAGAGGUGAAGAAGCCCGGGCAAACGAUCUCCAAGGGGCAUAAAAACUACAGUUUGAUGCUCAACCUGCAACUUGGCAUCAGGUAUUCUGUGGGGAAGCUUGCAUUGACAGAGUUGAGGGAGCUGAGGCCAGUGGACUUUGAUCCCAGUGAGAAGUUCUGGACAAGGUUCCCUACCGAGGGGACAAAGAUAACUCCUCCACAUCAUACAGCUGAGUUCAGAUGGAAAGAUUACUGCCCCAUGGUUUUCAGGCAUUUGCGGAAGUUGUUCUCGGUUGAUGCUGCAGAUUAUAUGUUGACGAUCUGUGGAAGUGAUGCUUUGAGAGAAUUAUCUUCCCCUGGGAAGAGUGGGAGCUUCUUCUACUUAUCUCAGGAUGAUCGGUUCAUGAUUAAAACAGUGAAGAAAUCUGAAGUCAAGGUACUCAUUAGAAUGUUGCCUAGUUAUUACAAGCAUGUUUGUUGCUAUGAGAACUCUCUGGUUACAAAGUUUUACGGCGUGCACUGUGUGAAGCCAAUUGGUGGACCGAAGGUUCGUUUCAUUGUUAUGGGCAACUUUUUCUGUUCCGAGUACCGGAUCCAUAGGCGGUUUGAUCUGAAAGGUUCUUCUUAUGGCCGAACGACUGAUAAGCCUGAGGAAGAGAUUGAUGAGACCACCAUCCUCAAAGACCUUGACCUCAAUUUUGUAUUCCGCUUGCACAAAUCUUGGUUUCGAGAGCUUCUAGGACAAAUUGAUAGGGAUUGUGAGUUCUUGGAAGCUGAGAGGAUCAUGGAUUAUAGUCUCUUGGUGGGAGUUCACUUCCGUGAUGAUGUUUCAGCUUCUAAGAUAGGGUUUUCAAAUUCAAUGUGCUCUCCAAAGUACUUGCGCAAGAUAAGUUCAUGCAAAGGCGGAGGCAUGGCUGAAAUAUGCUUAUCAGAUUUCGAACAUGGUUUGCCAGGCGGAAGAAAACCGGUAAUGCGUUUGGGCGUAAACAUGCCGGCAAUGGCGGAGCAAGUGUCAAGGAGAAGUGAUACAGAGUCAACCCCUUCCUCUAGAGGAGGUUUUAGGACACCGUCAUGUACAAGGAAGGGUGAAGAAUAUGAAGUGUUCCUCUAUUUCGGAAUCAUCGACAUUCUCCAGGACUAUGACAUUUGUAAAAAGCUGGAGCAUGCCUACAAAUCUUUGCAAGUUGACCCCACCUCAAUCUCUGCAGUAGAUCCGAAGCUCUAUUCGAAGAGGUUUCGAGAUUUUAUAGCCAAAAUAUUUGUCGAAGAAGAGUGAUCCCCGCAAAAACAACGAAUGAUUUGCGAAUGCAAAUACCUCGAACUGACAUACAUCAUACCAUCAAGUAAACAAAGGCUGAAGUAAAUAGCAUUCAAUUCGGCAGACACCAGCAUUGCGCCAGCCUAUCUUUCAAUUCGAGCAUCAUUUGGCCGGUGAGUUAGCAAUACAAUAUUGCUACAGGUUGGUGGUUGUGGGGGGCUGAAGUUUUGGAAAGCAGAAAAAGAUUGAAUCAAAAUCAGCAGGUGGAAAAAGAUUAUGAUUGUUAUUAUUAUUUUUUUCUUUCUUUCUUUCAGUUCUGAGAGAUUUGUAAUAAGAAUUGGGAUGAAUGUACAUAGAGAUUGAAGAAGUGAAAUUUAAUUGUGAAUUACUUUACA